GCACAUGGAGCAGCAAGUCAAGAGAGGAGGCAUGGCCCCCUGUGGCUGGUGGAGAAAUGCAGUCAUAGGUAUCACUGCCUGAACUUGAAGAGUGGACCAGGUGGAAAUCAGGUCACAGAGCUGUUCAGGAAGAUGCAGAGACUGGUGACAGAAAAUAGUCACAGCUGUUUUAAAAUGGAGGGACUGCUUUUACAAGAGGUGGAGGAAAAGAAGAGGAUAGUGGAGCAAAGGGCUCAGCAGAGAUUGAUGAAGAUGCAGAAACAGAGAUCUCUGCUCAAUGGGGAGUCAUGUCAUCUCUCCGAAAUCAGAGUCAUGCUGCUUGGAGCUCGGGGCUCAGGGAAGAGUUCAGCAGGAAACACCAUCCUGGGUCAAGGAGGAAGCUUUGAGGUCAGAAGGAGAACAGUGCAAUGGAUGGUGGGAGCAGGUGAUGUUGCCGGGAGACAAGUCACUGUGGUGGACACUCCAGGCUGGUGGAUGAAUUACUUCUCUCAGGAUAGUCCUGUUUUUGACAGACACUACACACUAUCUCCUGUAUCUCUUUGCUCCCCUGGUCCACAUGCCCUCCUGCUGAUGGUGCGUGUGGACCGGUCCUUCACAGGGACCUACAGGAGAGCUGUGCAGGAGCACCUAGAGCUCAUCACAGACGCAGUCUGGGCUCACAUCAUCGUCCUGUUCAACUUUGGGGACUGGCUGGGAGACACAACCAUCGAGCAGCACAUUGAGAGUGAGGGGGAGGCCCUCCAGUGGCUUGUGGAGAAGUGUGGCAACAGGUAUCAUGUCCUCAACAAUAGAAGCAACUCAGGAUUUCAGGUUACGGAACUGAUGAGAAAGAUUGAGGAACUGAUGUCAUUCAACAGCAGUAGUUACUGUAAGAUUGAGGGUGGGAUUCUGCAGGAGAAGAGGAGGGAAGAACAGAAAAGAGCAGGGGAGAGACUGACGAGGAGGCAGAAACAAAGAGAGACUGCCAGAUCUCUAUUAGGGGAGCUCUACUGUCCCUCAGAGCUGAGAAUAAUGCUGCUGAGUGGCCGCAACACAGGCAGGAGCUCUGCUGGAAACACCAUCCUGGGCAGAGGCACUUUAAACCUCUGGGGUAACUGUGGUCCUGGUGGUUGUGAAUGUGAGCUCCUCCUUCAGCCACACUGUCUGGAGAACAGCAGAAAAACACCUGGAGUGCCUCGGAGAGAAAGUAUGGAAUAUAAGUCACUGUCUUUCAUAGUAGAGGAGGAUGACUGUCUCACCAGCAACAGCCCAGAGCUGAAUGAUGUUGGGGAGGAUCUUGUAAAUAAUGGUGACCAGGAGGUGCUGUCAUCCAUUGACAAGAAGCUGUCUAAGCUGGACAUCCUGGAAGGCAUGCAGAGAGACUUGCUGGACCUCAGACAGAGUCUGGAUCGCAGCUGUGACAUCAUACAGGAACUCAGUGACAAAAGUAAAGCAACACAGAAGCCUGCUGUUCCCUCUGAUGCAGGGGAGGCAGAAGUGGAGGAAAGUUGCUAG